AUGACUGUUGCUGGAGGUCAUGGAAAAGGCAGUGCCAUCAAUCAACUCUACUAUCCUCAAGGUCUCUUCGUUGAUGAUGAUCAAACGAUGGUCAUCGCUGACUACUCCAAUCAUCGUAUCAUCCAAUGGAAGAUGGGUGAUACGAAUGGACAAGUUGUAGCUGGUGGCAAUGGUCAAGGAAAUCGAUUGGAUCAAUUGACUCGACCAACCGAUGUGUUGAUCAACAAAGAGACGGAUAGUCUCAUUAUUUGCGAUGAUGGACGAGUCGUACGAUGGUCUCGUCGUAGUGGAACAACUCAAGGAGAAAUCCUCAUUCCCAACAUCGAUCCUUAUGGAUUGGCCAUGGAUGAUCAGAGAUAUCUAUACAUCUCUGACUACGACAAACAUGAAGUAAGACGAUAUCAAAUAGGAGACAAGAAUGGAACUCUUGUGGCUGGUGGCAAUAGCUAUGGUGCUGGUCUCAAUCAACUCAACUGGCCAACCUACAUCUUUGUCGAUCAACAACAGACUGUCUACGUGUCAGACUACAACAAUAAUCGUGUAAUGAAAUGGAAUAAAGGUGCAAAAGAAGGAAUUGUCGUCGCUGGAGGUCAAGGCAAAGGGAAUGCUCUGACACAAUUGUCGCAUCCUUACGGGCUGUUCAUCGAUACAUUGGGUACCAUCUAUGUGGCAGACGAGAAGAAUCAUCGAGUGAUGCGGUGGCCUAAAGGAGCGAAACAGGGCACUGUCAUUGUGGGUGGAAAUGUUGAAGGAGAAGGAGCAAAUCAGUUGAACUAUCCCAUGGGUUUGUCCUUCGAUCGACAUGGCAAUCUCUAUGUCGUCGAUUGGGGGAAUAGUCGUGUUCAACGCUUUUCAAUCGAAUAG